AUGGCUGCAAGUUACGAAAUCGCUGGUUCAUGUGAAGAUGCAAGGGCUGAGGCUAAUGAUAUUCGGAAACGUCUAUCCAAAAGAAUGUUGCUACGAUAUCACGUACGAAGGAACUGGCUGAGAUACAUCACCGGCCUAUUACUGUGCUUGUCUGUUGGCGAACUCGUCUACAUUCACUACCUCAGCAAAAAUCUAGUCCGUAUAUCUAACGACCCAUACGACAUUCGCUUCAGCGACCUCACCUAUAAGAGCCCUGAACUUUGGGACGAUGCCCACCAAGCCUUCCUACGGAAUGCCGACCCUGUCCCCAUUCACUCCCAUAACGACUACGAACGUCACAUCCCUCUCUUCGAUGCUCUCGGCUCAGGAUGUAUCAGCGUCGAAGCAGACGUUCAUCUAAGAAAGUCAAACUUAUACGUUGGUCACUCAAGCUUGGGACUCAGCAGUAAGAAGACACUCAAGUCGUUGUACCUUGAGCCUCUUCAGCGCAUGAUCACAGCCCAGAACGCGAAUCUCACAGGCCAUUGGCGAGGGUUAUUUGAUAAAGCUCCCAACCAAACCUUGACUCUGCUGAUUGACUUCAAGUCAUCUGGAGCAAAGACAUUUGCUGAGCUGAAUCGACACUUACAACCUCUGCGAGACCUGGACUAUCUCACAUAUUGGAAUGGCACAGCAAGAAUCAUGCGUCCGCUUACUAUCGUGGUGAGCGGUAACGCGCCAUUCGAAUCCGUAACUGCCAUGAACUCGACACACAGAGAUAUCUUCUGGGAUGCCAAACUUGAACGUCUGGUAUCCAUGGAAGAUAACUUCAACACCAAGCCUCCAACAUUCCGCUUCAACCGGUCCAACUCAUACUUUGCAUCCACAAGGUUUCAAAACGCCAAGCUAUUUAGGACUGAGUAUGAAAGUUCCCUUGAUGUUUUGCCAGGAAGAGAGAGAGACAUGACAUCGACACAGAUUGAGCAGGCUGAAUCUCGAGGAUUGUUAGCUAGGUACUGGGAUACACCGGCUGAGCCACCAAAUCUGAGGGAUAUUGCAUGGCGUGUGCUGAUCGAUAAUGAGAUUGGACUUUUGAAUAUGGAUGAUUUGGGGAUCGUUAGACAAAGGGCCAAGGGAUGGGGAAGUUUGAGAUACGAGGACUUGUGA